AUGGACAGAGAGUACGCUGAGGAGCCUCCGGCUACACGCCCAGCUGAUAUGGGGACCAGCGGAGCCAUGCGGCUGGGUCCAGCCAUCCUGGGUUUACUUCUGCUCCAAGGCUACAGCUCUCAGCCUACGACAACUCAGACCUCUCAGGGAGACAGAUCUUCCUCGGGGCCUGGCGGCUCAAGGCUUUCCCUUAGCACCCCUACCCCAGAAAUUCUACAGAAGGUCUCCCAGGGCUCCUUGGUACCCAGGCAGCCUGUAACACCCAGGCAGCCUGUAACGCCCAGGCCAGGCACCUUGGAUAACCACUCCCUUUCCUUGCCUGGCCUGACAUCACAGAAGCAGGCAUUGAAACUUGGUGUAGGCACAGGGGUGCCAGGCGGCGGCGGCAGCAGCAGCAGCAGCAGCAGUAGCAGCAGCAGCAGCACUGUCAACAGCACAAGACGAGGAGAAGCGUCCCUGAAUGCUACUCCCAGUUCAGUGACCACGAGCCUGUGGACAGGGGAAGAGGUUACCAUCCUGCCCAGCCCCACAUCGGAGUCAGUGCUCACUGUGGCUGCCUUUGGUGUUAUCAGCUUCAUUGUCAUCCUGGUGGUUGUGGUGAUCGUCCUGGUCAGUGUGGUCAGCCUAAGGUUUAAGUGUCGGAAGAACAAGGAGUCUGAAGAUCCACAGAAACCAGGGAGUUCGGGGCUAUCUGAAAGCUGCUCCGCGGCCAGUGGAGAGAAAGACAGCAUCACCCUCCUCUCCAUGAAGAGCAUCAACAUGGACAACAGCAAAGGCUGCCCCUCAGCAGAAAAGAUUCUUUAAAAGUGGCCUUGAGUCGCCAUGGAUUCAAGUGUGAUGCAGCUGCCCAGGGACCACGAGGAAGAAAAGAAGAGAUGAGAUUGUUGAAGCCAACAGACCACAUAUAAGUUAUUUUGUUUCACGAUGCUCCCAGCUCUAUGUGGAUCACAUUCCUAUAGAUCCAGAAGCGGCUUACCACAUCAGAGACUGUCCCACGUGGAAGCCACUCUAGACAUUUGGUCUGCUUCUUCCUCCUCCUCCUCCUCCUCCUCCUCCUCCUCCUCCUCCUCCUCCUCCUCCUCCUCCUCCUCAGAAACCAAGGAAUGCGGGGCCAAUAGAGCAAGAGCCAAGGAAGUAAUGAGGUAGACGGAUCCAUUCUAUUCACAUUAAAGUUAUUUUUUUCUG